AUGUCAAAUAUCAAAAAACUUGCAAAUUUCAGUCGUGUCUCAGACAUUGCCACCGAUGUGAAUGAUUUCUUUACCUUUUCAAGUGCCAGUGGUGGUGGUUCUAGCAGCAGUAAUCGACAAGAACGUACUGGUGAUGACAUGUCCAGUCAAUUUUCAUCCCGAUAUUCACACGACACGUACGAUUGUCGAGUUCUGUUACGAAUUCUAAGUUUUCAAUUUUUACCCAUUGAAAUUGCCUCCGAUUCUGCCACCAUCACCAAUCCAUUUUGUUCGAAUUGGAGAGUUCGUGUAGAAUUAUUGAGUCAUCAACAACAAGAAUCUCAACAGAAUAAUGGUUCAUCAUCACAAGAUGAUGUUUUUGAUAGCUAUGUCUUUGAUGUGAAUGGAUCUCUUGUUCAAUCGCAUUCAUCCAUUGAUUCUGUAUUCAGUAGUGGUAUGAGUGGUAGUAAUGAACGAAAUGGAGUGAGAUCUUGUAAAGUAGUCCUUUCACAGUUGAAUUCUUCAAAUUCAUCGUUGACGACGAGUCAUUCAUCGAUUGUGUUGGCACCGAGCUCGAGUAGUAAUUCUGAGAGUCAUUCAUCAUCGACCACAACCACCACAACCACUACUACCACUACUACCACCACGACAACAACUGCCAACUCGAAUUUACUCAAUUCUAACACUUCUAAUAAUCAUUUGGUUAUUUGUAGUAAUUUAUUUGAUAUGAUUUUUGAAGAGAAAUCAACAGUUCUCUCAUCGAGUAUGAACAUGAAAUCAGUGUCUCCAAGAAAUGAAUUAAUUUGUGCGUUGUGUUAUACUUUUCCAUUUCCACAUUUCCUUAUUGAGCAAUUAUAUUUCAAAAUUUCAAUCUAUACUGUUGAAAAACCAAAUAGGAAACAACAACAAGAAUUUGGAAAUCAAUUAAUUGAAACAUUAGUGGCCUAUUGUAAAACAGAUGUCAUCUCAACCAUGUAUCAACCUCUCAAUACUGCAUUUAUUAAUAAGAAAAUUAGAAUUAGAGCUUUGAAAAAGAGAACCAAUGAUUCAAAGAAUGUUCUCAACAACAAUCAACAGCAAAAACCUCGAUGCAAUAUUCAAGUGAAGGUUGAAAAGUUUAUUUAA